AUGAGAUUUAGUUCCCAAAAUUACGAAGUCCGCUUUUCUCCCUUUGUACCUGAACCUUUACUCUUACGUCCUCAGCCCCCUCAAUUCUCCACACUCACUCAGAACUAUUACGAUACCCUUCCACACCUCUCGCUCUCUUCCAAGAACAAGAUAGAAAGAUUGGAUUCUCUCAAUGAGUCCGAAUACGCGGCCGGAAUGAGCCAUGACGCUACUCCCACCGCAGUCUCCGCUGCACCACCAGACCUCCGCUACAUCCGCUAUGACGGCGCACGCGAAGAUGAAUAUGUCGCUGCCAUGCGGCAACUGAUCUCCAAGGACCUCUCCGAGCCGUACAGUAUCUACGUCUACCGGUAUUUCCUCUACCAAUGGGGCGAUCUCUGUUUCAUGGCCAUGGACGACACACUGCCGGACCCGAUGGUUGGGGUCGUAGUCUCGAAGCUGGAACCACAUCGCGGCGGGCCAUUGCGGGGGUAUAUUGCCAUGUUGGCAGUGCGCGAAGAGCACCGAGGUCGCGGGAUUGCAACGAAAUUGGUCAGAAUGGCGAUCGAUGCAAUGAUUGCGCGUGAUGCGGAUGAGAUCGCGCUCGAGACCGAAAUCACAAAUACGGCGGCUAUUAAGUUGUAUGAACGACUGGGGUUCCUACGCAGUAAAAGAUUGCAUCGGUAUUAUUUGAACGGUAACUCGGCCUAUCGCUUAGUGCUAUAUCUCAAGGAGGGCGUGGGGUCUAUGCGGACGGCAUUUGAUCCGUACGGGCCCCCUGAUAUGUCUGGUCCAAUUGCCCCUCCGCCGCCAGCUUUGCUUCAUGGAAAUGGCAAUCAAUGA